CGGCGAAUGGAAAUUCGUGGAGGUGAAGUGCACUCGAUUUUUUCGCCGGAUUCAAUCUUGUUUUGAGUAAAAUGAAACGUGUUUCCGCGCGUUUUCAGUGCUGAAAGUAAGAUUGAUAAAUAUCGGGGGUGAUAUUUUUUAUAGAGCGCACGGAGCGUGAUAUGACACUCGACACGACAUUCUUGAACGGUCUCAUUCGCGAUACGACUGUAUUUCUCGUCGCAAGGUGCAUCAUUUAUAAAUCCCGACGUUACGCCAAUCCCAAUAUCACCCAGUAAAUAUAAUAUAAUGCAACAGUAUUUUUUUAAUAUUAUUGGUAACACCAUUUUCUAUUUUUUUUUUUUUGAAUCGCAAAUGGUAUUCCAUUUUUCGAGUUUGUUCUGCAUGUCCGCGCAUACAAUCCAAUAUGCUCAUAUUUAUUUAUGUGAUCGCGUUGUAGCGGUUACUGGCCGGUGGAUCAAAUGCAUCGUGAAUCAGCGCGCGCAAUAGAAGCAUAUUGUGUUCUUGCCUCUCUGUCCAUCCAUUCAUUAAGCCGUACAAAAAAGGACUUAACAAAGCACGGUAACAUCAUGAAUAUAUCGUCGUCACAAAUUAUCGGGAAAUUAAGCAUGAGUCUCACUCAUGUCCGUUUCGCCUAUCCGGUCCUAAUUAAUUAUAAACACGCCCGAGCUCAUUAACUCCACAUGUAGUCAUUCGGGCGAUUAAAGUUAAUCUUUGACAUUGCAGACCGAUACUCGUUAUCAUCCGAGCCUCUAUUAUUGUUGUCACAAACGAAGAGAGUUUGACGGUAUCGAUGAUGUCGUCGCGAUAAUAUUUAUCAUUAAUAUCGACUCACGCUCACGAUAUUUCGUCAUUGCUCAAAUCGAAAUUACACAUUUGUUGAAACAUUAUGCAAUAUUAAUAGGAAAAUUAAGUAUAAAAAUAAAUAACACACACACACAAUUCAGAGUGAUUUAUUCCUUAUUUUAAAAUAAAAAAAUAAAGCACAGAAGCAUUCUGCUUGAAAAAUGUGCUCAAAUUUUUUGCCUUCUCCAGAAUUUUAAUUUUAAUCAAAGUAACGCAAGUAUUCCCGGUUUGCGACCGCAGCCACCCCCGUACCCCGGAGUCCCUGCCUGGUCGCGUCAACUGCGCAGUUGCGCUCGAGUGUCGUUUUGUGUCAUACGCGCCUUUACGGCUCCGAAGUGCACGCGAACGAGCACCGGUUUGCUCGUGUGCGUAGCCUCUCACUCUCUCCCUCGUCGAGAUCCCAUUGCUACGUGCUACACGCUCCGCUAUGUCCAAGACCGUGUCGCGCGCGCGCCGCAGAGAUGCACUUGCGUCUUCCAAGCGUGAACAGAAUCGCUUUCGGUAUCAACGAACGUGGAAAAAUUGCGACAACAAAUUGCGAGAGAUUUUAUUUAAAAAAUCGUAAAAUGUUGCGUAUUUUAGAUUUUAUUUAAAAAAUCGUGACGUCUAACUUCGAUUAAAAAAUAGUAAUCAGCGUUUGAUCUCUAUCUCCAUUUCGAGAUCGAUUCGAGAGUAAUUUUAUUAAAGCUCAUCCCUUUCCGCAGCGUUAGAGGGCUCAGCUUUAGGACGCGAAGUACCAUUGCUACGUUUUUGAUAUGUUUUUCGUACUCGAUAUCAGAGAUCUCGUGUGUGUCUCUCUGGUGGCUGAAAUACAUACCGAGGGCUGUAACAUUAGCGACCGAACGGAGCUCACUCGUGAUGUCCGAGGAGCGUACACCGUACAGUGUAUUGUCACGCGCUCCUCACGCAUUCCCCACCCCAAGUAUAAAUCGACUACCCUCACCACCACCACUUGGUGUCUCACCACCACGUACUGCGCGCGCACGUGUCCCCACUGUUCGACCAAUCGGCCGCGCGGGCGACGUGGAGUGAGGGAAGAGCCGGUUGUGGCCGCCGUGAGGCAGAACGUGCGGACCGAGUGGCUGCGAAAGCACAGAAUCAUUACCACGCCAGACCUCGAGGAGAACAGACGUGUUUCUCGUUACCUGCGCUCAGUCGAGAUCUCCGUGUCGCUCUGCCUUCUCUCAUUUCGCCCUCGUGCUCGCCGUAUUCGCGUGCGUCGACCCUUUUUAUGCACCGCGUGUGAUACAUCGCGCCAAAGAGGACAGUCAACGUGGCUAUUCGUCGCUCGCCGUUGUCGCCCAGGUGAGCAACAGCCAGGACAACUCGGUCUCGUCGUGUCGCAAGCGCGGACGGGACGAGCUCCGCGGACUCAUCGGACGUUACGAACCUCGCGUCUGUGUUGUACUCGUUGACGUGUGACGUAGACCAACUGGUGCGACCACAGACAUCCCGCGGGGGGGACAUUGCACGCGAGGCUCGUGCUCCGAAAAACCGUGCGCUGCACACGCGAUCCUGUCGAAGACUCGUGCUCCGUGUCGCCGCGAGUGUCCGCCGACGAGCGGUGCGUUCGCGAGGGACACUUUGCGUCUCGCGACUCCGAAGAAACACGCGAGAGUCGCAACGUCGAAAGUGAUUCACUCUCAUCGUGGCGCGGACGGUUGUUCCUCGAGUGCCGACUGAGGAUCAGCUGCGAGAGAGGGAAAGUGUGUGUGGCCCCGAAUCCACAGGGGGUUGCUGCGUGCGCGCACCACGUGCGAUCCGUGGCGAUGAACGUUGAGAGCGUGCGCCGGUGAACUGAACGGUCACGUGCGGCGUCUAACAGAGACACACACGCGUUUACGCGUCGCGAUUCAGCAUAGAGAUCGUUUCGUUUGUUGAGACUCUCGUCGGGAUUUUCGGAGGUGCGCGAGGAGACAGAGAGACGUAGAGAGAAGGAGAGAAGUAUAGAUCGUGUGCUUAGUGAACUCAACCACGAACAUUGAUUCGUUUGCAGUGCAUUGACUGCGGUGGACACGGACCUCUGCCCAGGGUGCACCUGCCUGUGCCAGUCUUCAUUGAAGACUGAUUGAAGAGACUCACCGAAGACAGAAGUAAACGCAUCGUUGAAGAAAUGGCUAUCCCCUUUGUUCAGAACGAUGAUAAUAACAACGAGAGGUCACAACUCGAGGAGCAACAGCUGAAGCUUAUGUUUGAUCUAUACGUAAGCCUGCACAACGUCCUCCGCAGCAGGCAUGCCCAGCACACAGCCUCGCGAAAUCAUCGGGUACCGCGACAACCGGCCGGCACUAACAACCCCCAGCAACCCGUGGUGAUCGUGCUGCACCCCGGCAAUGCCGAGGACAUGUCGACCCUGCCGCUGCCGGAUCUGGUGCAGUCGGCCAUGGAUCAGCUGCCGCCGCCGCCGUCGCCCCAUGUGACCGUUUCCGUCCCCAGCAGCCCGAUGAGAGACGCGACCUUCCAGUUCCCCGAGUGCACCAACAGCAGCAGCGGGCCGUUGCCAAGCCCGAGGCCACGGCCUCGAAGACGCUUCGCAUCAGAGAGCUCCAUCAUGGAGAGCUCCGUUAUGGGUCCAUCAGGCCCGAUCGAGGUGAGCAUCUGUAACGGCAGCUGUUGCCACCUUGGCCAGAACGAGAGGCAAUCGUGGGCGAACGUGGGUACCAAUCUCAGGAGCAUCGCCGGUGAUUUCCACGCGUGCAGGACCAAGGACGCCGAAGGCGAGAAGUCGAGACUGCCAGUGAUCGGCCCGGGUCUGCCCAAUGCUCGCAACAGGAACUCAUCGUUCACCGAUAAUCUGCUGUCGCUGCUGAUCCCGACGCCGUUGCGCGAGACUCUCUGGGCAACGAUGGCUCUGUACCUCGGCUGGAGACUCGUCUCUCGUCUGCGAUAGACGCACUGGUCUCGUCCAGCCGUCGUCUCGGAUGAUCUUGUGGAUUCGAUCGGCAAUUGUAUCAGUUGGGCCGCCAGUGACUCCUUUUCGAGUGUCUACGAUCUCAAAGUGCUGGGAUCCUCGACCGGGCGCAUCAUCGAAAGGAUAAGGUAGUCCACGGCAUGUACGCCGGAUUUCUCUUUGCGAUCGGACGGUGGAUUUGCUCGACGAUAGAGCACGUCGACUAGACGAAUUGUCUCUCUCUUGUUUGAACAUCCGCCUCGAUUUGAUUGUAUUUUAUACGUCUCGUUUAUAUACAUGCUGUCUCGUAUUUUGCGCCUGCUGCGCGACUACGCGACGAGAAUGCGCUUGGUCGAUUUCGAUCGGUUCCCAAGGGACCAGCCGACUGCGUGCAAGAUAUUGAUGUAUUGAUCAUAAUGAUGAAAGUAACGUAAUGAAUCUGCGCGACGUACUUUUGAUUUUUUACUUUUUAGAUAUUGAUAUAUUGAUCUCGACGAUGAAAGUAGCGACGAGUCGCGCGUGCUUCUGAUUUCUUGAUCAUUGUUGAUUAUGCUAAUCGAUAAUUGAUGAUUAUGAUAAUUAAUUUGAUAAUUUAUGAUUAAUGAUUACGAUUAUUGAUUUAAUGCUUGAUAAUGGAAAAUUUAAUUAUGAUGAUUAAUUGAUAUGAAAAUUGAUGAAUGAUCAUGAUCGACGAUUGAUUCGAUGAAUCGGAAGUUGCUCUCUAUUAAAUGUAAUUCCCUUUGUCUCUCCUCGGGACGGACGGAUUUACGUAGAAUUUAGUAAGAUCUUUGAUUAGGAAUCUGAUUGUGUAAGAUUCCGAUCUCUCGAUUAUUUCCUAUUGAUUAAAUCGACGUCGUCACUCGAAGGGAUCGUCCGUCCUAUCUGCUUACUUUGUCGCAGCGUGCGUGCUGUCUAUAAAUUCUGACUGUGAUUGCUAUGGAUGAUGAAGCGAGGGAUAGCGACUGCGAGCUGACGGCGUCGAUGCCCAUGCGUCGAUGAAGUGCAUUCUCGCGCGAUGUAGGAGUUAUCUCGAACGUAAGCGUCGUUCGUGGCGACGGUUCGCCCUGCGUGAGUUUGUAGGCGGAGGACGAAGGACGGCGGAAGGGGGAGGGGUAAAAUUUCAGGGGAGAUAACCGGGGCGAGAGUAACCGAAUUGCGUAUUACGCGACACGAUCGGACCCGUGACACGAAGAGGGAGGUAUAAGGGUGACGGGGAGCUAAGGACGAGAUCCAAAGAGGAUUAAACCCAAUAAUCAAAUGAUGAUCUCAUUAUGGAUAAAUAAAGAGAAUUAAAUAAAGUAGUGUGAUUAACGGGAACGAGAGAGGGCGGACCACACGCCUCUCAUUCUCUGUCUUCUCUUUUUGCGCGUCCGUCCCUCUCUUGAUCUCGCCGGUAGACGAACUAACUCGUCUAUGUGUAGGUUGCUUGUAGACAACACGAUCUCGCGACCGAGAUCGGUUGGCAGGGCGUCAUUUUUGUCCAUGAUUUUUUCUAACGACGCUGCGACGACGUUUCGCGAGGUCCGACGAAUGCCUCGUCGGGGAGAGACGAUGAAGAAAUCGGAAUUUCUGACAUACAUUUCAUAAUAUCAUAUACUAAUAUAAUAACUAAUCGUACGCACAAUGGACCUUGCCUCAUUUGAAUUAUGAUCGAUUUACGGUGAUUAUAGUCGAUCGGCCUCGCUGGACGUCCGCGGCACCGUACAGCGGAAUGUACGCGUACAUAGAGAGACAUCGGAGAGGGAUGACGAGACGUGUAUUCCAAAAAUGUUCUAAGGGUAGAAAUGGGGGGUACGGGCGAGAACACAUAAAGUGGAGACAGGGGAACAAACUCGUGUAUGUAUAGAGGAUUUAUCUAAAGUAAUACACAAACUCAGUAAUAAGUCGACGUUAAUAAUUAAAGUAGAUAAUCGAUAGGCCGAGGAUCGCAGCAUCUUGAUUGGCUAGCUGCGACUCCCGUGGACAGUUUUCAAAUGAUCUCCGGUAGCUUAGCUAUUAGCAGGCGUCCUCGUCCAUGCGGGACGCCUUUUGCGGCACAUCGGAGGGAGUAUCUCUCUCUUUCCCCUGUGCCCCUUUUCUUAACUUUGACUAUCCUUCUCUCUCCCCUUUCCCGUUUCUCUCUCUUUCUGUCUGUUUUUUGUCUGUCGGUUGUCUAUCGAUUCUCUCGAUCCAACUCGCUGUUCUCCAUUUUCUGCACGGUUUCCUCCGUUUCAUUUCCCCGUCUUGCAAAUCGACGAUACGAUUCUACAUUGCUCUGCUGCAAGGUGGCGUAACAUUCUGACGUAAAUAUAAAUGUAACGUAAUGUAAAUUUCCGAUCUCGAAUUUAGCGUAUAUUGGUGGUAUCGUUUGUGUUUGUUCGGCAAAACGCGUGGAGUCUCAGUUUUCACGAGCGAGCGGAUCGAGCAUCCGCGUUUCACAAUUUUCUUAGGACUUUAGCUAGAGACGGCGGAAGGGCUAGCUUGUAGCGAAAUAAAAUGGAGGAAACGUGUAUUCUUGAGCUUUCUCUCUCUUCGGUUCCGGACUAUCGAGACCAAAACUAUCGAGGCUGCUAUGUACAGUCGUCCCUGCGGGCCGCGCUUUCUCUUCUCCCCGAGUUCCCGAGUCUAUCGCGUUUUCCUUUGUCUCCCUAUUGAUAGGAUUGUGACGUUUACUCCGUCGAAGUAUUCCAGUGUGUAGGUCCAUAGUAUUUAUUUAUAUGCGAUACAGUUUUUCUACCGUCUACCGUGUAGUAAGACCGCGUUUUCAGAUAGAUAUAUACGCGCAGGCGAGAUAUAUUACCGCCACUUUGAGAUAAGCAAAUCCUUGCCAGACGCUUCCGCGGGAGCGGCUUCGUGGAAAGUCAAUAAUGUCGGUGUCUGUAAAUGCAUAAUCUCUAAAGAAGAAGAUAGUUAAUGUCAUUUUGAGACGGAGAUAUUUAAGGGAAUUCGGAAUGCGCUGCAACGCUAGCGUUAUGGACGGCGAAGAGAGUUAUUUCGACACGCCUAAGUUUUAAUCUCGAUCCUAUUCGCGCGAAUUUUAGAGUCUCCAUGUUUUCAUCGUGUAGUGCUUUAUUCUAUCAUGUUCUCGCGAGCCAUUUCUCAUUGUCAGGAACUCAGAUCUAUCUCCGCGGAACGCGAGCCAUCCGUUGGGUCCAAAGAAAAAGAGAGAGAGAAGAAAAGAGCAACUUUUUAGUAAGAUUGGAAUGCCACUUCAAAUUUAUUUUAUGCAAAUUUAAUGAAUCUCAAAAUUAACAUUUUAAAUUGUCUCACAUAUUUCUUACACGUAGAACUGAAUUUUCAAUUUUAUAAUAGCGGAACAUUUUUGUCAUGUUUAUUUUAAUUUUGGCUUCUAUAAUCGGCGUGUCAGAAUUGUCAAAAUUUGAUCAAACUGUCAAAAUUUGAAUAAUAUUGAUGCCGAUGAGUGGAACUCGCGUCAACUGUCACGAGCAUUGACAAUCGCCGCGAGAAAUUCAUCUGGAUCCAACGAUGACUCGCUUUCUCAGUCUCGUCGAUAGAAUCUCCAAUCUUCGAUCGAGUUUCCUCUGUGCAGCUUGCUCCCUUCACGGAGAGAGCACGCAAAGGUACAAGAUUAUCGUGCAUAUAUAUUGAUACGAUGUAGAUAGUGUUUGUCGUUGUAUCGCGAAGAAGAGCCACGAGCUUAGACGGAGUUCUUUGUCGUGGAAGUUGUUGCAUUCCGACCAAAGGGAGAAGUCCCAUUUACCUGCAGUGCGGUGAAAUUUGGGCGCGAUGCGGCCUAAGAAAAAAAGUUUACGGCCGUUUAAUCCUUUUUACUCCGUAGAUAGGGAAAGGCAGAGCGAAUUCGCGUGUCACCGCUGUUUGGCCCGGAGUGGGACGAAUAUUAUAUACGUCGAAGGAAAAUUGAAAGUGAGAAAACACAGCGCAUGUACAUAGAUGCUUUUCUCGGGGCCGUAAAUACAAUAAUGGAUUUCUACUA